GUGGCCUGGUGACUCCAGGCCCGGAAACAUGUGGUUGUGUCGGUGGCAGAGGUAGCGCCAGCAGCUAAAGCACCAUGUACAUCCAGUGCAGUGCUGUGGUUGGUCGCUAGGAGGAAGUACUGAGCUGUCUCACACGUGCCCUUUUAGCACCAAAACAAAUCCCAAUUGCUUGCCCAGUAUUGUACAUCGGUGCGUCGAGCAGGCAAUAUUAGAUACUCAGCAUCUUGAUUUGUAAAAUAAAACGCAGUCUACAGUGUGUCUGUUUGUUUCCCACAGAUUCAUAGUAUUCAGAAACUCGUUUUGUAUCACUAGGGGUUCAUCACAAUAAAGUUUAUAUUGUUUUGUUAUAAUUGAAAACUCAAAAUGGAGGAAACACUCUAUAGCUCAGGGCUAUAGCCCCCUUUGGAAUUGCUAAGUUAGAGUUAAUGAAUUGAACAUUAAAGGCAUAAUGACCUGAAAUAAAGUGUGCCUUUGUCCUUGCACAAUUUGUACUAAACCUGUUUGUUAGGUUUCAUCUGCUCCAUUAUCUGCUGUGCCUUUCAGCAGGGAUUACUGUCAAGUAAACUUUAUUUUUGCUCCAGAUACUGAUUCCUCUUCCUUGUAAAUAGGUUCAUUUAACUUAUAUAUAGCUAUAAAACAAGAUGUUCUACAUGUCAUGCAUCAUUAUUUUGCAGCUGUGUGCAGUGUUCCCUAUAGUUUGUGUAAGGUCUGCAAGCAAAUACUUUAUUUUAUGCUCAUGGGUGAUGGGUUAGGGAGGGCCAGCCUUUCUCAAAAAAGAGAGAAACUGACAUAUAGCAUAUAUAGCUUUAAACUGUCUCAUGGAAAGCCAUCUAUUGGUAGCCUCAACAAACAUACAAAAAACUCACUCUUUUCCCCUGUUUGUAUUAGUUCUAAAACAAUUGUGUCCAAGCAGGUGCUGAAUUACAUGCACAGUCGCUAAAUCUGUUGUGUGUUUUGGUGGGGUUGUACCAUCUGUGCACAUAGUGUCAGUGGAAUAUUGACUGUAUGAAGAUGUGCUUGUAUCAGAAAUCGGCAUACAACUUUUAAGAUGCCAUGGACCAAUUAGAACAAAGGGUUGGGGAGUUUUUCAUGAAUGCUAAGAAAAAUAAACCGGAAUGGAGGGAAGAACAAAUGGCUUCUAUCAAAAAGGAUUACUUCAAAGCUUUGGAAGAUGCAGAUGAGAAAGUUCAACUUGCAAAUCAAAUUUAUGACUUGGUGGAUCGACAUUUAAGGAAAUUAGACCAAGAACUUGCUAAGUUCAAAAUGGAAUUAGAGGCCGACAAUGCUGGAAUUACUGAAAUAUUGGAAAGAAGAUCAUUGGAAUUAGACACUCCAUCACAGCCUGUGAAUAAUCACCAUGUUCAUUCUCAUUCUUUAGGAGAGAAGCGGAAGCACAAUCCAUCAUCUCAUCAUUCAACAACGGACCAUGUAUCGGAGAAAAAGUUUAAAUCUGAAGCAUUGCUGUCAACUCUAACUUCAGAUGCUUCCAAAGAGAACACAGCAGGUUGUAGAAAUAAUCUGUCUUCAUCUUCUACCAACAAUGUCUACAAUGUUAAUGCUUCCCAGCCAUUGACCUCAUAUAAUAUAAGUUCCCUUUCAACUGGGGCUGGAGCAGGUGCAAUUACCAUGGCAGCAGCUCAAGCAGUUCAGGCAACUGCACAGAUGAAAGAAGGAAGAAGAACCUCCAGCCUUAAAGCCAGUUAUGAAGCCUUUAAAAACAAUGACUUUCAGCUUGGAAUCUCUUUGUCUAGAGAUUCUGCUACUUAUUCAUCCUCAGCACUAGCAUCAACGUUAACCCAGACAUUAACAUCAUCUGCAACAACAGAUUCAAGAAGUGGUAGAAAAAGCAAGAGCAACAACAAAUCUGCAAGCCAGCAGUCGUCGUCGUCUUCAUCUUCCUCUUCUCUCUCAUCAUGUUCUUCAUCAUCUGCUUUAGCACAUGAACUGUCUCAUCAACAGACUGCUGCUAUUCCAGAGUCUGAUACUAACAGCCAGGUUGACUGGACUUAUGAUCCUAAUGAGCCUCGUUAUUGUAUCUGCAAUCAGGUAUCCUAUGGUGAAAUGGUAGGCUGUGACAACCAAGAUUGUCCAAUUGAAUGGUUUCAUUAUGGAUGUGUUGGGUUAUCAGAAGCUCCAAAAGGCAAAUGGUACUGCCCCCAGUGCACAGCUGCAAUGAAGAGAAGAGGCAGUAGACAUAAAUAACAUUCCUUGUGUUGUUUCAGAAUGAACUUUACAUAUGCAGAUUACACCCAUUUUGUCUUGCCUGACAAGUAAACUGCCAUUCAUGUUCCAUGUUGCUUGUUUUCAUGUUGUAAGAUACAUUAAGCACCACAAAAAGUAUAGUGAUGGCCACCAUCACAAUGUUUGUAUUCAGUUGAUAUUAGUAACUACACUGGGCAUUAACAUUUCGUCCUUAUAGGAUUUCAAUACAUUUUUUUUUUAUUUUGUUAAUAUUAUAUAUUAAAGAGGUGUCUCUUGCACGGAAUUCCAGGAUGUUACAUAUCUAAAUAUAAAAAUGUUAAAUCUCUACUGCAAAAUACUGGGUUGUUGUAAUUUGUUAACUACCAAUAUACUUCAUUAGCAAUUCAGCUGGCUGAAAUAUUAAACAAUAUAACUAGUCUGUUGGGCUGGUGUCCAAGUGUUUGGAUACAUGGCACUUCAACCUUCCUUAUGUAAGGUUUAAGUAUUUGUAUUUUGCUACACAAAAGUGUGUGUAGUCUUGUAUUGAUGUGAACGGUUUCAUGCCAAAUGUUUUUUUUUUCUGUGCAAGCAGUUCUUUAUGUAGUAAAAAUACUAGAAAAUAAAGGACUAGCACUACCUUAUUCUUUUGAAUUUAAAAAUCUUUAUGUUGUAAGAAUACAUUGUGUAGUUAUUUAAGGGAGGACAAAUGUUUAGUCGUAUUACUUUUUAACUGUCAACUUUUAUAUAAUUUUGAUACUUUUUAAUGUAGUUCAUUAACAAGUGCAGUGGGAGUUUAGUUCCCUAUGGGGAAGAAGCAAACUCAGAAGUAAUAGUUAUUGUGUAGCACAAAGGUGUUGUAUAGCUGUGGUAAUCAUAUCCUUUGCACUUGCAAAUUUCAAGCCAUGGUUUAUCCAUGGAAAUAUAAAUAACAUUUGAUCUGUAAUACUUGUUAACAUAUAUGAAACACACUUAUUAAACUGUUCCUAUAAACUUGCUGUUUAAUUACGAGGGAAGAAAUUGUUGGUUUGGCUUAAAACGAAACAUAGCAUAGGGUGGCAUCUUCUUGCAUACACGUUGCCAGCCAGUAAUAAUGGGAAACGUUUAGAAAAAGACAAGUGUAGUUCAUUACAGUUUGAAAUAAAAUGGCAGAUAUUAAACUGUUAA